GGACGUUAUGUCGCAGGAACAUAAUACGAAACUCACGAAACUGGACUUCUAUCAAAUUCUGGGGAUAACUAUUGAUGCCGAGGAAAAGGAGAUUAAGAAAUCGUACAGACAAAGAGCUCUUAAAUGUCAUCCGGAUAAGAAUCCAGAUAACCCAUUUGCUGCUGAGGAAUUUGACAAACUUAAGAAAAUUCUUGAGAUUUUGUUAGAUCCAGGAACACGUAAAGCAUAUGACAAGACCCUCAAGAGUCGUAAAGCAGCAGCUGCCAGAGCCCGUGAACAUGUUACCAGAUCACAGAAACUAAGGUCAGAUUUGGAGGAACGGGAACGACGUGUUCAACGCAGUAGGGAACAGCAAGAUACGUCAGAAGAACAGUUUCGACGUGAAUUGAAAAGAUUGGACAAGGAGGGUGAGCAACUUAUUGCGGAGGAACUGGAUAAAGUAAAUAGGGAAGUAGGGGCAGAGCUUCUUCGGGGUUCAUCUAAAGGGUCGAAAAGCAGUGAACCUCCAGCUAUGGACACACGGGGUCACAAAGUUAAAGUUAAGUGGAUGUCAACAGACGAUUGGCCAGGGUAUUCCCAGCAGGAAAUUAACCAACUCUUCUACAAGUGGGGAGACAUCAAUGCUCUGGUGAUGGUGCAGAAAAAUAGAAAAGGAACAGCAUUAAUAGAAUACAAGACCAAAAAUGCAGCGGAUAUGGCAGUGCAGUUUGAGAGAGGUCAAACUGGCAAACCAGUAAAAGUUACACACAUGAGAGGCACAUUUGGUGAUGAAAGCUAUGAUACUGCUGUUGUUGAUGGCAGUGGUGGUGUUGAUGGUAGUGGUGAUAUUAAUGAUAACAGUAGUGGUGAUAUUAAUGAUAACAGUAGGGGUGUUGUUGAUGGUGGCUUUAAAGUUAUUAUUCAGACAAAUUCAACUAAGAGUCGAGGUCUUGCGUCGCUCAGAACUGCUCAUCGUCCCCGACACGAACACGGUGCAAAAGAAAUGGUGGAUAACUUUCCCUCCGGAGGAAAGAGAAAGCCAGAGAAAGUGCCUCGUCCUUUUACCGUGGAGGGUUUAAAGGAGAUAUUGCCUAAAAGGGCGCCUGUGUAG